AUGUCUAUAACCAAGGCCUGGAACAGCUCAUCGGUGACUGUGUUCAUCCUCCUGGGAUUCACAGACCAUCCAGAACUGCAGGUCUUCCUCUUUGUGGCCUUCCUGGGCAUCUAUCUCAUAACACUGGUCUGGAACCUAGCCCUCAUCUUUCUGAUCAGAGGUGACAUACAUCUGCACACACCUAUGUACUUCUUCCUCAGCAACUUGUCUUUCAUUGACAUCUGCUACUCUUCCACUGUGGCUCCCAAGAUGCUCACUGACUUCUUCCAAGAGCAGAAGACCAUAUCAUUCAUGGGCUGUGCUGCUCAGUUUUUCUUCUUUGUUGGCAUGGGUCUAACCGAGUGCUUCCUCUUGACUGCUAUGGCAUAUGACAGAUAUGCUGCCAUCUCCAGCCCCCUUCUCUAUACCACGAUCAUGUCUCAGGACCUCUGUGUGCACAUAGUGAUUGGGGCAUAUGUGGGGGGCUUCCUGAGCUCCCUGAUCCAGGCCAGCUCCAUAUUUCGACUCCACUUUUGUGGACCUAAUGUCAUCAACCACUUCUUUUGUGAUCUCCCACCAGUUCUGGCACUUUCCUGCUCGGACACCUUCCUCAGUCAAGUGGUGAACUUCCUCGUGGUGGUUGCUGUUGGAGGAACAUCAUUCCUCUUUCUCCUCAUCUCCUACAGCUACAUAGUGUCUGCUGUCUUGAAGAUCCGCUCCCUGGAAGGCCGAUGGAGAGCCUUCAACACAUGUGCCUCACACCUGAUGGUGGUGAUUCUGUUGUUUGGGACAGCCCUCUUUAUGUACCUGCGACCCAGCGCCAGCUACUCACUUGACAGGGACAAGGUAGUGUCUGUAUUCUAUUCACUGGUGAUCCCCAUGCUGAAUCCUCUCAUUUACAGUUUGAGGAACAAAGAGAUUAAGGAUGCCCUGUGGAAGGUAUUAGGGAAGAAGAAAGUGUUCUUUUAG